UAACAGCUAUGAAUGCUUUAAUAAAAAAAUUGAAAUUGGAUUUCAUGUUUAAUUUGAAAAGGACUUUUAUUAUACAGAUUUUUGUGUCUGGGUGCCAGGUCCACUUUAAGCCACUGAGUUUUCUAGAAUAUCACUCUGGCAGAAAUAACUAAUUAAAGCAUAAGAAUACUGAGAAUUUAACCCUAGUGCUGUAUAAGGAAGAGCUAUAUAACAAUGUGAUUACUUGUUUGUAGGUUCUGCUCUUACAUAAUUAUUGGGGCUUUGACAAAUGCUUUAUAGUGAGAUAGAAGACUUUGUUGUUUGGUAGUGUUGCUUCUAAACUGUGCACUACUGAGAAAGAUACAAUAAAAUGUGCUUGAAAAAAAAAAUGUAUGUAACACUUACACAUUUUAAGCCAUCCACCACUUUUUUUUUUUUUUUUAAAUGGUGCAGGAAAGUUUUUGCACGCUUUUUCACACACACGGCCAAAGGUGUGGGUAACUUCCUCCUACUCAGGUGGGCAUUUGCUAUACUGUUAAGUCACAUGUUAAAGCGAAAUAAAUGAUGUGGGAUCUGAUCCAACACAACCUUUCGGAAGGAAAUUGCGUGCUGUGUAUGUGCAGAUAUUGAUGGGUCAAGUUUGAUUUUUUUUUCUGCGAUCCAGGACCUUGUCAGUGCCCAUUCGCAGCAUUGUAAUCUGAUCAUUUUGCUCCACCCAAUAUAGACGAGCCGUUCGUGGGCAUGUCGGGUUCAGAUCUGCUUGUUUGGCUGGCCACCUUUAGAGCUCUACUGGGAGUUACAGGGAGUUUCUACUUGCCAGACCAAGUUCCAGGAUAACAGAAGCUGAACAACAUAUGUCAUCUGAUGUAUGACUGUGCUCUGACAAGCACUUCUAGGUAUAAUAUGGAUGUGGAAGAGACCCAUGGAAAUGCGAUGUUAUUAUAUCAAAUUCCAAAUAUGCUUUGCAAUUCUAACUGGAUUAGCAAUCCUGGUGUUAGUUAACAACAUCAGUCAUAUAGAGCAUUUGUAUCAAAGCACAGAUUUAAUACUGAGCCAGGCAUCCCCGGAUCAUUUAGGGCAGCCUUAUUCACCAGCAACAAAAGAAUCUUUUUGUGACUACAAGCGACAAGUUCUUUCUAGAUCAGAACAUGAAGAACAGGAAUCCUUACUUCAAUCUCUUGAAUGGCCAGGUCCACCACAUGGAAAAAUAGAAUUCCAAAAGAGCAGCAAUGCAGCGCAUAGUUGUUUUGUUAUUUUAAAUUCUCAAAAAACAUUUGUGGUUGGGGACGUCAUGGAAGUUCUUGUUCGAGUGCAGGAUUUUGAAGGAAGCCCCAAAAAAUAUGGUGGAGAUUAUCUUCAAGCCAGGAUUCACACGCCUAUUUUGAAAGCUGGUGCAGUUGGAAAGGUAGUGGACCACCAAAAUGGAUUCUACACCGUAUUUUUCACAUUAUUUUGGCCUGGCAAUGUCACCGUGUCUGUGGUUUUGGUACACCCAAGUGAAGGCAUCCAGGUUCUUCAGCGUUUACAGGAAGAAAAACCUGACCGAGUGUACUUUAAGAGUUUGUUUCGUUCUGGUGGCACUUCAGAAACUAAAACUUGCAAUGUUUGUUUGUCUACAAAACUACCAGUAUGUAACUACACUGACCUGCAGACUGGUGAGCCAUGGUUUUGUUACAAGCCUGAGAAAUUAUCCUGCUCCAGUCGAAUCAACCACGCAAAAGGAGGCUAUUUGAAAAAUCUCUUGACAUUUGAAGAAAGUCUUUUAUUUCAGAGUGGUAUAAACAUCAAAGUGCCAGUUUUGGCUAGUGGACCUGACACAGUGAUUGUACACCCUCGUAGGAUGAAAGAUAACGCUUUCUUUUAUGGUUCCAAGUUUGUGCCUUCUGGAUAUUACUACCAUGAUUACUGGAUGUCAAGUAGAUCGUACAUUCAGCAGUUUAACAAACCCGACGAUAUCACUAACUGUUUGAAAGGAAAGGUGGUCCACUUGUUUGGAGACUCAACAAUAAGGCAGUGGUUUGAAUAUCUGACAGGGUUUGUAUCAGGACUACGAACAUUUGAUCUUGGAAGUCCUAAAAAUGUGGGUCCUUUAUUGGCUAUUGAUGUGGAGCAUAACAUAAUGGUGAAGUAUCGCUGCCAUGGGCCUCCUAUACGUUUUAGUACUGUUUCAAGCCAUGAGCUACGAUAUAUUGCCAAUGAACUGGAUGGUAUAGUGGGUGGCCAAAGUACUGUUGUUGCCAUAACCAUAUGGUCUCAUUUUAGCACCUUUCCUGUAGUGGUGUAUAUAAGGAGACUGAGAAACAUUAGAGCAGCAAUCCUCCGCUUGUUGGAGCGUAGCCCUGACACAUCUAUAAUUGUCCGAUCUGCCAACGUUCAGGAGCUUGGGCCUGAAGUCAGCCUGUUCAACAGUGAUUGGUUCUCCCUGCAACUGGACACUGUCAUGAGGUCUAUGUUUGCAAGCCUCAAUGUGUUAGUUUUAGAUGCCUGGGAGAUGUCUCUGGCACAUUAUCUACCACAUGCAUUACAUCCUAAGCCAAUUAUUGUAAAGAAUGAAAUAGAUGAAUUCUUGUCAUUUGUAUGUCCAAACUGACUACUUUGCAGAAGUAGUAAUAUUUAGUAUGUGUCACAUUGUAAAGGAGCUGUAAUUAUUUGAAAAUGGAGGAUCACAAGUAUUGUUUCCAGGGAACACAUCAGUAUAUGUGUUUAAUUAAGGAUUAAUUGUAGGCAGCGAACUAUGCUAAAUAAUUAAGGGCACAUUUAUCAAAGGUCGAAUUUCAAAUUCAUGUGAGUUUUUAUAAAUUCCCAUAAACUCGAAAUUCGAGCAGUUGAAAUGUAUUGAAAAAAUCGAAUUUCUACAACUCUGGUGAAUUGAAUCGACCUGAGAACUCGAAUUGAAAUUAAAUCGAAUUCAAUACGAAUUUUAAAAACUUGAUUCAAGUUUUUUUUUCUCCAGCCCCCCCCCUACAAGUUAAAAAAAUCAUUGGUGGUUGGGGCCCCCUCUACAAGUUAAAAAAAAAACAUUGGUGGUCAGGGAUUUUUGCACAGUUGCACUUGGUGCAGCACAAUUGUCCCAGGUUUAACACCCAUUUUCCCCCACAAUGAGGCUCUAAUUCUGGGGGGUAAACACUGCAUACUGCUUUAUUGAAACAGUGCAGAAAUGCCAGUGCAAAAGGCGUGCCUCUGCUCACUGCUUCUAGCUACUCAUUAAGAUAGGUGCAAUGGUAUUUUUGACAUUAGAUCCGGGUACACCUAGGCACCACUGCUUUGUCUUGAGUUUUUCCUAAUAGUGCCUGUGCCAGCAAUAGUAAAUAAGGGAUGAAUACAGUACAACUCCCAUUUUACAUUUUGAGUGGACCAGAAUAUAAAUGUAAUAUCUGGGAAAUGUAUUAUGCAUAAUACUGUAUUUAUCUGGGACCACAAAAAAGUAAUGUAAAAUGAGAGAACUUUAAAAUCAGGGGGUGAAAAUUAAAGGAGAAGGAAAGCUACAGAGGCAUUUUAUUGCCAAUAGAUUAGCUGCAAUAGUGCAAGCUGGAAUGCUAUAUUUUCUGGAAUGCUAUAUUAUAGUUUCUUUUGACAGGGGACUUCAAGAAGCACUACUUUGGGGGUUUACUGGUAUAUUUAGAUGGACCUUUCUGAUAAGGCUUAUUUAGAUUUAACCUUUCCUUCUCCUUUAAGGUUUCACUGUAUACAGUAUGUACAUUUGGAAAGGUUGUUAAAGUAGUAUAUUUUGUGAACAAAAGCCAUAGUGGUCUAAUAAAAUGUUUUUAAUUUUUACUAUGUGUGCCUUUUAUAUCAAGUGAAAAUAGUAAUGUAAAUGAAUGAUGCUGAAUAAAUUUGUAUUUUUCUGA